GGUCUCGAACUAAAUGCGCCACAGCAAGUUGAUAAGCAGCGCAGUGCACACAGAGAGGUCGUCGGCUUUGCCAAGCUUUCGCUAUAGUUCGGUGGGAAAAAAAAAGGCAAAGACAAAACUAAUUCCAGUUGCACAAUAUGGUGAAACUCGCUUUCAACUCCGCUCUCGGACAAAAGGAUUUAAAUAAGGAGGAGAAGGAUGAAGCUUUGAUCCCUCAGGAUGUGGAUGUGGAGGACGGUCUGCGUAUCAGGCAGCAGUCCAGGGCCUGGUGCUGGUGCAUGUGUUUGGGUCUGGCCCUCAUUCUGUCUGUCGUGGUUGUGGGCGGAGCUUACCUGUACAGGUAUUACUUCAUAGAGGAGGAGAGGAUGUAUUUCUGUGGGGUGAACUACCGUGAGGAAAAUUACAAGAUGCAGGACAGCCAGGAGGAAACCGACAUGGAUUUGCCAGCCGCAUACAAGAGGGUUGAGGAGAGAGUGAGGGUCCUGGAGGAUGAGGGGGUGGAGCUCAUUAACAUCCCGGUGCCCAAGUUCAGCGACAGUGACCCUGCUGACAUCGUUCAUGACUUCAACAGGAGACUGACAGCGUAUCUGGAUCUGCGUUUGAACAAAUGCUACGUCAUUCCUCUCAACACUUCUGUUGUGAUGCCGCCCAGAGACUUCCUGGAGCUUCUUGUCAACAUCAAGGCAGGAACAUACCUGCCACAGUCUUACCUGGUGCGUGAACAGAUGAUAGUGACCGGGAAGCUGGAGCAUGUGGAUCAGCUGGGUUACUUCAUCUAUGGCCUCUGCAGAGGGAGAGACACUUACAUGCUGGAGCGCAGAGAGACUGUUUUUGGUAUCCAGAAGCGAGAGGCUCUCAACUGCCACAAGAUUCUCCACUUUGAGAAUAAGUUUGUGGUGGAGACUCUUAUCUGUGAGCCGUAGCGGGAGUAAAGACAGCUGGGUAAUAAGAUAAAUCCACUUUUGACAAAUUCCACUCUGACCCUUCCUCUCCUUCCAUUAAGCCUCUUCUGUGUGUGUGCGUGGGAGUGUGUGCUUCUCUCCGAUUCGUUUCUCUGUAUAGCAACAAUCGAUAUUGCUGAGAGAGAAUGAGACCGAAUGCCAAGAGCAAUAUAAAUCAUAGAAACAUUUGUGUGUAGGCAAACAUUUGGACCAGUUUCUCUCUCUUAGUUACCAUUUUCCUGUCUGGGUUUCUGUUAAGUGUGUGCGGGGUGUAGUGUAUGAAAAUAACAAGUAGCAAGUUGACCGUGGCAGAGGGAAGGACUCGCAGAGGAUAAAUGUCCAAUGAAAUCUAUCAAAGAUGCACAUGUUUAGUGUACAUUUAAAACUGUGAACUGUCACAGAUACCAGAUUAUAUACUGGAAAAUAUAUUUGGCUAGAGAUUUGUGAUAUAUGGCCAGUUAUUACAUGUCGAAAAUACACAGAAUUGUUUUUUGUAUUAGUUACACUUUAGUCUAUACUUUUAUUUUAAAGGAACAAUGUUGCUCUGCUGUAAGUGAAUACACUGUUAAAACAUCCUUUAGUAGAGAAGUAAAAUCUUGGAUCAGAUUUAGAGAAUGCAGAACAUUUUUUUAAAUCUUAAAUAUCUAAACUUGUUAAACUGCAAACUAAUAAAAUGUGUAUUAUGUCAUUUAGGGACUGCCGAGGUAUUGAGGGGUAGACUGAUAGAUGAACUAUGUAAAGAUUGUUUCAAUUAACUAAAGUGUCUACCAAGUUCAACGUGUGUUGGAAAGAUUUAAACUUUGCACAUAACCCAAAAGGUUUUAAUGUCAAACAUGUUAAUACUAAUAAAAAUUUGACCACUCA